AUUUGAACAUUUAGAUAUUAAAAAAAUUUAUUACAAUGGAGUAUGAAUUUCAUAUUCCCCUAACAAGAGAUGAUCUGUUAUCAACUUCAACCGAUGGGUUUUCAAUAAAAAAUGUUUUAGAGCCUUCUUGUCUGGAUGACAAGCUUGAUGAAGCCAAUUCAGAUUUCAAAUCAGAAGGGGUUGUUGCUAUUGUGACACAUUUUGAUAUAUUUUUCAGUGUUUUAAGUCAUAUGAAGCGUCUUCAAGAAGAUAUUAAGCAAACUGCAUGGCAGAUAAUUGCUUCAAAUUUAGAGCUAUUUACAAAUUUUUUGCCAAUAUAUCUUGAUCCAGAUGGUAUAGAUACUCAGUUGCGUUGUAAUUUGUUGUGUGCUUUAAAGAUGGAGUGUUAUAUAGUAUGUCAGUUUAUAGAAGAAUUUGAAAUAGACGCUACAAAGCCUGAAGUUAAUACUGGCACCAAGAAAGGAGGAAAAAAAAAGAAAGCAAUAGCAAACUGGAGUUGGGAGUCAGAAAGACGUAAUGCUUUGGUUGCUUUAAAUAAACUUGUUCAGUUAGAUUUGUUUCGUUUGUGGGAUCCACCAAUAGUUGAAGAGGAUUUUGUAAACCUUGUAAGUGGUAUAUGCUAUAAAUUAUUUGAAAAUGCAAACUUUGUUCGACAAAAAGAAGAUAGAGAUAUUGUUUUACAUACACUUGGUCAUUUGAUAAAACGAUAUAAUCAUCAACAAAGUGCAAGUGUAAAGAUAGUUCAGCUCUUGCAACACUUUGAAUACCUUGUUUCACCACUUUCUCAUGCAUUAGAAAUAUUUGUAAAUGAGUAUGGGGCAAAACUUCUUGUAUGCGAUAUCAUAAGAGAAAUAGGAAGAAUCGAUAUGUCAGAUUUAACACGAGAUGCCAGUGGUACCCGUUCUUUUUCACAAUUCUUAGUUGAGAUAGCUGAAAAAAUUCCCAGUUCGGUUCUACCGAAUAUAAGCUUAUUAAUGGCACACCUUGAUGGUGAGUCUUACUCAAUGCGAAAUGGUGUUCUUGGAGUUUUUGGGGAAAUUGUUGCAAAGGUCUUAAAUAAAGAUAACUUAGAUGUUGGAAUGAAGAAGUCCCGAGAAGGUUUUUUAGACAGAUUAGAGGAUCAUAUACAUGAUGUAAAUUCAUUUGUAAGAAGUAGAGUGUUACAAAUUUGGUUAUAUCUUUGUCAUGAAAAGGCAAUCCCAAUUGCACGUCAAGGUCGCCUUUUAGAUCUUGUGAUAGGAAGACUUCAAGAUAAAUCAAGUCAAGUUAGAAAAUAUGCAGUACAAUUUCUAAAAGCUUCUCUUGUUGGAAAUCCAUUUGCAGCUAAGCUGCCUAUAGAUCAACUUACUCAAAGUUUAGAAAAAGAAAUGGAAAAACUAAAAGAAAUUGAUCAAUCUGAUAAUAAUGAUGUUAUAAAUGUAGUUCAGGAUUCUGAAGAAUGGUUGCAAAUUAAAGAUUCCAUGAAACAGGCUAUAAAUCAGUUUUUAACGGGUGAAUCUAUGGAAGAAGACAGUGAAGAUGAUGAAAUAUAUGAAGAUGAUGAAGAUGGUUUUAAAAAGGCAUUAAUUUAUAUACAAUCUCUGAUAAAAAACUCUGCGUUUCACAAAUCUGUUGUUGCAUUCUCAAAGGUUUUAAGAAUUUGGAAUGAAAUUGAAGAUUUACAAUUAACUGAUGUCGAAAUUGAAAAAUGUAAAAAAUCAGAUUUUCAAAAUGUAGAAAACAAAGAGCAAGAAAAUGACGAAGAUGAAGAUUCUCAAUCUGAAGAUGAGUCAGAAGCUCAGAAAAAAGAAGACCAGAAAACAAAUAAAGUUCUACAAAUAAAGUAUUAUCUUUUAAUGAAAAAAAUAUUUCAUGUUGCUGACACCUGCACCACUGAUAUUAAAAUUGAUUUAGCAACAGUUGAUCUAGAACAAAGUAAUAAAGAUCAAGUGAACGUAAAUCUUGAAAAACAGAAAGUUCUAGUAACAUAUUUGUCGGAUUGUGUAAGGUAUGCCAAACAAAUGAAAAUGGUUGUUCCUGUGCUCUGUCAACUUUUAGGAUCAAAAAUUAACUGUGAUGUUUUGGAAGCUAUUGAUUUUUUUAUUGCUGCUUAUGAGUUUGGGUUAAGCCAAUCAGAAGAAGGUAUACGUAGGAUGGCUACAUUAAUCUGGUCAAGUGAUCCUGCAAUAAAAAAGUGUGUAAUUGCUGCUUUCGAACGACUUUAUUUAGAGGUGCCAUGUGAUAAUGUUCGAAACAAGCCUACAUUAAUUGUAAAGAGUUUAAUAUCUUUGAUAACAAAAGCAAAUCUUGGUGAGUUAACUUCAUUGGAAAAGCUUUUAUGUGAGCUUAUGAAAUUGGAACUAAUUCCACAGUCUGUCAUUCAUUUGCUUUGGCAAAUAUUCUCGUUAAAGAUUCCACAAACUUCAAAGGAAGAACAACGUGCAGCGCUUAAUAUCCUUUCUAUGCUAGGUGGUGCUGAAAAAGAAAUUAUACAGUCUAACAUUAAUAUACUUAUUGAAUAUGGUUUACAAGAUAGUGAUUCAUUUAUAUUAGCACGUGACACUUGUAUUUCAAUACUAAAACUUACAAAAAAUAAUUCUAAUGACCUAAAAGAGAGCUCUCGCUUGAGCACUGAUCAUUUGUUGUUUAUUACUCUUGAAAGAUUGCUUGUGGAUGGGUUAAAAAAGCUGGAGACACGAACGUGGACACCAUUUAGUGAACAAGCUUUUUCAGUGAUUUACAAUCUUGCUGAAAAUCCAGACAUUAUUUGUGCAAGGAUACUCAAACACUUGGUUGUAGUAUUAAAGAAUGUAAAUAUACAUAGCAUUGAGCAAGAUAUUUUUUCUCAGGCUUCCGAUGACAUUGCUUCAUCUUCUAAGAACAAUUGCGUUCAUCAACGUGUGGUUGCACGAGUUCUAACAGCUGCUGGCCAUAUUUCUUUGUUGCAAUUAUUCCAUCUUGAUGUCAGUAUAUUCACAGAAUUAAAACGAAGAAAUCGUAUUGAACAGGAGGACAAAGAAAAAAACGAUCUAAAAGCAAGGAAAGCAUCUAGAGCUAGCAAAAGAGAAAGUACUGCAAGCUCUAUUAUCUCAAAAACUGAAACAGGUUUAGACGAUGAACUAGGGGUAGGUGGGGCUGUUGUAGAAGAUGCUGAAGCUGAGAACAUCAGAAAAAUAUGUGAACGUGAUAUUGUAACAGGAUCUAAUUUAUUGAGCAUUUUUUGUCCUGUGGCUGCUUUGAUUUGCAGUAACCCUUCUAAGUAUAAGCAUGUAGAAUUGCAAUCAGCUGCUGCUCUUGCUUUGGGAAAGUUUAUGUUGGUAAGUUCUGAGUGCUGUGAUGCUCAUUUGCAACUAAUGUUUACAAUUUUGGGUAAAUCAGACACAGCAUCUAUUCGAACAAAUGCAAUGAUAAUAUGUGGCGAUUUAACAUUUCGCUUUCCAAACUUGAUUGAGCCAUGGACUCCUCAUUUAUAUGCGCGAUUGCGAGAUGAGUCAUUAGAUGUCCGUAGCACAGCUGUAAAAAUAUUAGCCCAUCUUAUACUUAAUGACAUGGUUAAGGUAAAGGGACAGAUCAGUGAAAUGGCUGUUUGUCUUGAAGACAAAGAAGAGAAAAUAUCUUCAGCAGCUAAACUCUUCUUUUUUGAGCUGUCUCAAAAAGGAAAUGCAUUAUACAAUAUUGUACCAGAUAUAAUUAGUCGUCUUUCGGAUCAUGAUCAAGGCAUUGAAGAAAAGUUGUUCAGAAGCAUUAUGAAAUAUCUUCUUCAAUUCAUCCAAAAAGAUAAACAUUCGGAGUCUUUAAUCGAAAAGCUGUGUCAUAGGUACAGGGUGACAAGAACCGAUCGCCAGUGGAGGGACUUAUCAUACUGUUUGUCUCUUCUUCCAUACAACGAAAAGUCUUUUAAAAAACUAAUCGAGAACAUUGGAUGUUUUCAAAGUCAACUCUCCGACGAUGAAAUAUACAACUGUUUUACAACGAUCGUGGCUAAAUUAAAAAAGUUUGCCAAAAUCGAGAUGAAGGCACUUCUAGAAGAGUUUGAAUCAACAUUAGAAGGGUUUCACAAAAUAGGAGUAACAGAUAAUAACGAUGACGUUAAUAAAGCAGCUAAAGCUCUAAGUCUUGCUGCAUCGCAAGGAAAUAAAAAAGCUGGUGACACGAAACGCGGCUCGACGAAGAAAAAAGGUGGUAGAACUAAGCCACAAGACAACGACGGUGAUAAAAUCGAUAAAGAAAACGAACCUCCGUCUAACGUUAAGCGAAAGGUGUCUGAAAGAAACAAAAAAAUUGUCCAGCUCAAUCCAAUUUUCUCUAGCGACGACGAUGACUUUUCGUGAAACCUCAGAUUUAAUUUAAGAAUUUUUAGUAUUUUUAUUUAAAAGAAUUUAAGAAUUUUUAGUA